GCUGCUUGAAUGAUCUCAUCUCUCCAGCAGCUGCAUACCGCAGCGAGGCAAACCAGUAACUUUCUAUCAAACUUCCAAGUUGCCUUUCGGAGGAAGACACCGGGACAUUUUCGGUCGGAACCGGAGCCAACGCGCUUCCAGUGAAGACACGACGGAGCGCUGCGUAGUUUGUCUCGGGCUAACAGCUCAUUGUUUCGAGUUGAAACAAAAGAAGGAAAACCGUCUUGUGUGACAUCCUAAAGGAGAAAAGGGUUCCAUGUUUGGAGGAAAAUAUGCCAAUGGGGAGGAUCGCUGCAUUACAUGCAAACCUGAGUGCUGAAGAGCUCUCUUGCCUCGUCACUCGUUGAUCUAGACAAUCAAAUUUCUCAUGAAGUCAGGGAGCAGCAUCUCAUCCCAAAGGCAGCCAUGUCCAUCUGCUAAGUGCCUUUAGCCUUCGGCACUGGAGUGAAGACCAGCCUGAAGCGCCCAUCCAUGGAGCGCACUGUUGGAGGUUCUAUUCCUGCCACGAAUGAAUUUUUCACUGGCCACCUCCGAUUCGUCAAUGGAGGGGCUUUGCCAACCCGCACAGACAAUGUCCAUGCCACUGUGAGUACAGGAGUGCCUAAAAUGGGUGUUCGGGCUCGGGUGGCUGAUUGGCCCCCAAGGAAAGAAGCUCCAGGAGUUUUGUGGCAUUCAUCUCCUGAGACUGAAAAACCUGGUGUGCCCCUUGUUGGUAAAAGUCAUAUUAAGUUGGGUUCUGUUUUGAGUCCUCAGGAUUCAUCGAUGCUACGUAACAUUCACAACACUCUAAAGAGCCGAACCCAAGCCCAGGCUAACAAUUACAGCCCUGACACACGUUACCUGGCGCCUGCAGACUACAGAGGCCCUGCACAUAAAAACCCACGGCAGAGACGCAUCCGUCAGCGCAGCAAUAGCGACAUGACUAUUAGCGAGAUGGAAGGCAGUGGAGACAGUGGAGAAGACUGGGGUUCUUCACCAGGAGCCAAAUGGUCCCCUCUUCAUCGUGAAUAUGGCAGCACAUCCUCUAUAGAUCAACAUGGAGUAUCUGGUGAGAGCUUCUUUGAAAUGCUUAAGGGAUAUCAAGGGGGCAAAGUUGACCAGCGUAGUCCUGCUCCAGAAAAACUGGAGGACAUGCUAAAUAUUGGCGCAAGGCAGGGAAUCAUAGACCUUCAGGAGGGUGUCACAGAUGACCAUACUCCUAAACCCAAGGACAAAGACAAGCAUCCAAAAAGACGCACCAAGUCUGAGACAGGCGGUGAGUCUAUAUUUCGAAAACUUAGGAGUGUUCGAGGCGAGUUGGACUCCCCAAGAGUAGGAUCUGACUUAGAGGAAGGCCGGACAGAUGACACAGGUCCCACUCUGAAGCCCUGGCUGUGUCAGAAAGGCUUUUCCCACUAUGACGUUCAGAGCAUGCUUUUUGACCUUCACGAAGUUAUCCAGCUGCGGCAGACUGCAGUCAAAAGGAAAAACACCACCACUGGCGCAUCUGCUGCUGCCGUAGCCUCGGCUACCUCCACUCUAUCAUCCACCCACAGUCUGCCUUACAGCUCCCCUAGUGGCAGCCAGGAAGAGCUCAGUUCUAGAGACAGUCCAAGCCUGGACGCAGGAGACGAACAGAGCAACGAAAUGCUGCUAAGCUGCCCCUGCUUCCGCAACGAAAUUGGUGCUGAUGGAAAUAGGAGGGGCAGGUUAGGAGCAGGUGGAGCAGGGUAUCACGGACUUGUGAGUGGUGGAGUAGGAAAUAGUAGCGGCUCAGGGACCCUUUCUGGGGAAGGCAACAUGUAUGAAACAUCUGUGAGCACACAUUGCACCAAUGCUGGAGUAGCAGUUCUCGAGGGAUCGAAGGAGGGACUUACCACACUCAGUGAAAAGGGCAAACAGUACAUUGUGGAGCAUGUGGACCUGGGAGCCUACUAUUACAGGAAGUUCUUUUACCUUAGAGAUCACUGGAACUACUUUGGGAUAGAUGAAGCGCUGGGUCCAGUUGCAGUUAGCCUGCGAAGAGAGAAGCUGGAGGAAGAUAAGGAGCAUGGACAGCAAUAUAACUACCGCCUCAUCUUCAGAACCAGUGAGCUGAUAACACUUCGAGGUUCAAUUCUGGAGGACGCAGUGCCUUCCACCUCUAAGCAUGCCACCACCCGAGGGCUGCCCAUCAAAGAGGUACUGGAGUACCUUCUCCCUGAGCUGGAUCUGUCCUGCCUCAGACUGGCUCUUAACACACCCAAAGUCACUGAGCAGCUGAUGAAACUGGACGAACAAGGGCUCAGUUUUCAGGUGAAGGUGGGCGUGAUGUAUUGCCGAGCAGGGCAGAGCACAGAGGAGGAAAUGUACAACAACGAGACAGCAGGGCCCGCCCUGGAAGAAUUCCUCCAGCUGCUGGGGGAGAAGGUCCGACUCAAGGGCUUCACCAAGUACAGAGCCCAGCUGGACACCAAAACGGAUUCCACGGGCACUCACUCUCUGUACACUUCGUAUAAGGACUAUGAGAUCAUGUUUCAUGUGUCAACUCUACUGCCUUACACACCCAACAACAGACAACAGCUGCUGAGGAAGCGACACAUUGGAAACGACAUUGUCACCAUUGUGUUCCAGGAGCCGGGAGCUCACCCCUUCACCCCCAGAGCCAUUCGAUCUCACUUUCAGCAUGUUUUCAUUGUCGUACGAGUACACAACCCCUGCUCUGACAACACAUGCUACAGUGUGGCUGUCACCCGUUCCCAAGACGUCCCCUCUUUUGGCCCGCCAAUCCCCAAAGGAGUAACCUUCCCCAAAUCUACUGUAUUCCGGGACUUCUUAUUGGCCAAAGUCAUCAACGCUGAGAACGCAGCCCACAAGUCAGAUAAGUUUGGCGCUAUGGCUACGCGCACACGACAGGAGUAUCUUAGGGACUUGGCAGAACGUCAUGUGACCAGCACACCAGUCGAGCCCACAGGGAAGUUUCCCUUCAUCUCUCUGGCUCACAAACGGAGGGAGAAGGUGCGUCCAUACAGCGGGGCUGAGCUGCGGAGUCUCGGGGCCAUUACAUGGCAGGUUCACGCUGAAGAUCAAGUGGCAGGCGCCGAACGCGAGUGCCUGUUGGCCAUUUCAAAUGACUUCAUCAUCCUACUGGAUCAAGAGGCCAAAGCGGUCGUGUUCAACUGUGCCACGCGAGAUGUGAUCGGUUGGUCAACAGGAAGCCCCGCCUCCAUGAAGAUCUACUAUGAGCGUGGUGAAAGUGUAUCGCUGCGCUCCAUCAAUAACAACACGGAAGAUUUUGGAGAGGUUGUCAAAAGGCUGGAGUUGUUGACCAAGGGAAGUCAGACCACAGAGAUGACUCUGCGUCGUAACGCCUUGGGCCAGCUGGGUUUUCAUGUCAACUUUGAGGGCAUUGUAGCGGAAGUGGAGCCCUACGGUUAUGCCUAUCAGGCGGGACUGAGGCAAGGCAGCCGAUUGGUGGAGAUCUGCAAGGUGGCAGUGGCCUCACUGUCCCAUGAGCAGAUGAUUGAUCUGCUCAGAACCUCUGUCACUGUCAAGGUGGUCAUCAUUCCUCCACAUGAAGACUCCACACCGCGCAGAGGCGGCUCAGAAAUCUACCACAUGCCACUUGUGGACUACAAGAACCACAAGGAGGGCAUGCCCUAUGAGUUAAAGUUCCCUUUCCGCCCAGCAAACAACAACACCAAGUGGCCACGCACCUCAUCCAGCCCUCAAACUCGCACUGCUGGCACAGGGGGAACCCUGAUCAAGGCGCCGCCCUCAGACUUCAGUGAGCGCAACUGUGCUGUUAUUCCCCGCAGUGUGUCCAGUGACGGUCGGCCUCUCAACCCGAAAAGAUAUUCCCCAGGGAAUGAUAACUAUGCUCUUGCCUGCUCCAUUGUGAUGGGUCGCACACUGCACAACACCAACUCACCCUCCAACCUCUCAUACAACGACACCAUGAGUUCCAGCCACUGGAGGCAGAAGUCUAUGCCUGAUGGGUUUAAUAACAAUUGCCAGUCGCCUGUGUCGUCUGUGCGGCAGGUGGCCAGUGAAGAGGUUAAUGGAAUGAAAUUGUGCUCUAGCACUGGUGUUGGAUGGUCCCGAACUGGGGAGGGUGAUGCAACCAGUAGACCGGGGGACAAAACCAGUUCAGACACUGUGGUUUCCAAAGUGAUGACUCCUCGGCUCCAGCCAUCAGAUCAGAGCUGCCAUGUGUCCCCUAACAGGAACACUAAGUCAGAUGCUCCAUAUUCAUCCAGCCAGUCGAGCAGCAACACUCUGUCCAGCAACGCCUCCAGCUCCGCCCACAGCGAUGAGAAAUGGUACGAAGUCAGCUCCCGUUCGGGAGUACGUAGCGACCCAGAGCUCAAUGACUAUCUUCAGGGUACCUCCACUGACAGUGGCAUUGAUGCCACUUCUUUCACCGCCACUCAAAGCAGCACAGCUUCCUCCGCUGGUGGCUUCAGGGCCAAGGAAAAGAUCCCAUGGCAGGAAGAUCCAGCAGGGAGCCAAAGAGGCACUGACUCUUCACCUCCAACUCCAGACUCCCUUGUUGCUGCCGGAGGGAGUGAGAUCCCAGCUAAGAGCCCAUCCGCCUUUCCAUUGGGUCCUGAUAAUGGCUCCUACAGCAUGAAUGAUGUCACCUCCCACUCCAGUUCUGGUCACUCAGAGAGUCCAAUGGCACAGGGCUGCAGAGCGGUGUCACCACAGAAUGAGGCAGCCGAUGCCAACAUCUCACCCACAUCUCAGAACCCCCAGUCACCAGGAACCAAGAGCUUCUAUCCUCGUCAAGGAGCAACAUCAAAGUACCUGAUUGGCUGGAGGAAACCCGGGGGAACUGUGAACUCUGUGGACUUUGGAAGCACUCGCAAACGGCACCAGAGUGAUGGCCUCCUGGGUGGUCAGCCCCAGCUCAGGGCCAAUCUCCGUGGCUCCCAGUCACCCCAGCGACAGACUGCCAAAUCCAGCCUGGAAGAAGACUUAAAGAAACUCAUCACUCUUGACAGCCCACCUCCCACAACAAAUGAAGAGAAGCCGUUGUUUCCUGGCCCGCCACCCAGCCGUCGCUCUCUUCAGAGAACGCUUUCAGAUGAGAGUAUCUACAGCGGGCAGAGGGAGCCAUCAUCCAGUGGACAGCGUGACACACCCACUGACCUACUGUUCACCUGCUCCACCAUGCCCCGCUCCCCCACCACCCGUCAAGGACCAAGCCGGCGAGCUUCACACAAAUCUCUUGGAGACCUGUCAGCCCCAGAGAGCUCAGAUCUGGAGCAGGACAGGAAGAGACAGCAGCAGCAGCAGAUGGAGUCUGUUCUCAUGCCCCUGCCUGACACUGGAGCUGAAGGCCCGCUGGACUGGGCCCACUUGGUGGAUGCUGCCAAGGCAUUUGAGGAGCAAAGACUGGUUUUUCUAGCAGCCCAGGAGGAGAGCUCCGUGGCUGAGAGUGCAGCAGCUGCCAGCCCCCAGCAGGCCGAGCCUCAGGCAGCUCCACUGAGACAACCCUCACCAGGAGAAACUCCAGCCUGCUUGAUGGGGAAGGUGAGCCAGCUGGAGUCAUUGGUGAAGGUGCUACAGGAGGACCUGAAGAGGGAGAAGGAUGCCAAGGCGUCGUUACAGGCCCAGAUUCAGAGCUUGCGAGAGGACAACCAGCGCCUCCUGGAGGAAUCUUACAGCGCUUCAGCCAAGCUCAAGAAGUUCACAGAGUGGGUCUUCAACACCAUUGACAUGAACUGAGGCACACAGAUGAUGACUGCUCUCCACUGGGAGUUUAACCACUACUCAAGUUGUUUUUCAAACUUUCAGUGCUACAAAACAGUUUUUUAGGUCUUCACAAACCCGUGCCAACAUGGAUUUACAUGCUAGUCUUCAGCCUUGUGGAUAUGUGGAAUAAUCACUAUAAAAGUCUCAAUAGAAGUGGAAAAACCAGGGAUGGAAAGAAGAGCAGAGGUGUUACUGUGUCAGGUUUUUGUCAGCAUGCGCUCCCUUCUUUAGAAGUACAUAAAUAAUAUAAUGCUUUGUUUCCAGUCUACAUGACUGUCAGUAUCCCUGCAUGUCAGAAAGCAAGACGUCAAAUCUAAACCUAAAGGGAUUUAAAGUUACUGUCUCCAUUUAGCUCCUCAUCUAACCUAAUUAAAAGUAACUAGAUUUCUAAUUAAAAAGCUCAAAUUAUUUUUUUUUUCCCAUCCCAUGCGAGAGUUCUUUGAUAUAGUCCCAUGUUGCUCUAAUAAAAAUGACUUUCUUUACUUUUACUUUUCUUUGUUGUAGAUUUGUUGGUUAAGGCAUUCUUCAAUUUUCCCAAUUCAGUGAUGACAACACUGAUUAUUUUUGUAUUACUAACCAAAAAGAGAAGCUGUGAUGUCUGAUACUUUAAUGGUAGCAUGGAUAGAUAAAGACAGGCAGCCUUUACAUGCUGUAAGGUAAGGCGCAUAUCUGUAUGUAAAAGGUUGUGUGGGUGUAUUAAAUAAAGUAAGUAAAACCUGUAAAGUACUACUGGGCACAAGAAAAGAAUAUAUAUUGUAUAAACACACAGCGUGUGCCACAAAGAUACAAAUAAUCAAUUCAGAUUAUUGUAAAUAUGUUGUGUUAACAUAUAUUUUUCUCAUCCCCUCCUGUGAUAUGAUGAUAUGAGUAAGUUUAUGACAAAGAUGAUGGCCAACAAAACAGCCUUAUGCAGUUAGAUGCAUAUUUGCCUAAAUGGGCAGUUUGUCAUAUGAUAAAAUGACUAAUAUGUUUUUUGAUGUGUAACAUUUUGUAGCCUGCUGCAGUGGAUUGAUUGACAGUGCCACCUAGUAUUGACAACAUGUAACAUACUACAUGGAACUGACCCUUUCUCCAUCCGUCGCAUGUGAAAUGGCCUCAGUCUGAUCCUUAAAUCUCAGAAUAGAUUAAAGCGGUACUUUUAAGUAUAAAAUUACUUGCUAUGGUAUUGUGCAAAUCCUGAAAUUCCUUCUACAGAGUUUUCUGUAGCAUGCAAAUCUGCUUGAAAGCCCAACACAAAUUUGGUCUUUAGAUGACCAAAGUCCUUAUUUAAGCCUCAUACUGUAACUGCCUCCUUUUGUAUUCAGACACUGUGCAACUGUAUAUAAGGAGAAUUUAAUAUUCAUCAAAAUUUGCACCUUCAUUCUUAUUUUUUACUGUUAUUUGUUUCUGCUUUACUGGCAAGUGGAGUGAGAAAGAAAUGGGGAUAACAGAGGAAAUGGACCGCAAGCAGGAUUUGGACAAAGAGUCCCAAGUCUCUAACAGAACAGAACGCCCCUUUGCCUUCAUUCGUGACAUGUGUGACAGCAUGUGAUUCUGUUUCCAUUGAGCUGUGAUGUGUAAAAAAUGUUUAUAUCUAUUAAAGAUAUUUUGUUGAAAUACA